AUGGCGUCUUCCCACAGGCCCUCAUCGGGGCCACACUCUGAAACCAUCACCACUUCCUUUCUUCUUUUCAACCUUCAUUGUCCUACCUGCAUUACUACUAUAAAGGAGGCUCUACAAGACUCGUGCGCUGAUCAUAUCAGAUGGGUCUCACCGAACGUUGUAACCUCGGUGGUUACUGUGGAACACGAUCCAGCCGCGACCAUUGGAGAGAUGGAGUCUGCCCUGGAGGAAGCCGGCUUUGAUGUAUGCGGUAUAACUACAUCCGCUGGCGGUGCUACUGAUCUGGACCAACGUGCGCCCACCACAGACGGGGAUCCGGGUGAAGGGAGCGCACAAGGUAUAUCGCGGCCCGUGUCCGCCCUGGUCCGAUGGAUCAAUCCCAAGGCUCCCAGCAAGACUCCCACGACACGAGAUCACCAGGCCAAAGUUCAUCUUCAGAACUGCGAGAAGUGCCGCACAUCCAAGCCUCACGGCGCCGAUGAGAAGCGCAGCUUUGAGCCAGCACUCCCUAGUUUAACGGCGUUGGACAAGACUGGUAACCCUGAACAGCCGGCCAAGAUGUCUAGCAAAUCUUUCAUCACAGUGAAAAGCGACGAGGCGCCGCCUAAAGCAAGACGGAGGGCGACUCUCGCCGUUGGAGGUAUGACGUGCGCUGUCUGCGUCAAUACCAUCACGGGUGACCUGAGCAAGCGAGACUGGGUAUCCAAAGUCGUCGUCAGCCUCGUUACGAACAGUGCAAUUGUCGAGUUCAAUGACGAGGACAAGGUCGGCCAAGUCGUCGAAGCUAUCGAAGAUCUCGGGUAUGAGGCGACCGUGGAUACUAUCGUCAACCUGGACGAGGAAAAGCCUCCUUCUCAGGAGAGAACUGUCGAGAUUCUCCUCGAGGGUAUAUACUGUGAACACUGUCCAGAUCGGGUAGCAAGAAGUCUCGCUGGCUUCAGACGUCAACUCGAGAUCGUCAGCGAACCAACUGAGCAACGCCCGAUCAUGAAAGUCAACUAUGUUCCGGAAGCCCCCACCUUUACGGUGCGACAGAUCCUUGAGCGAUCAAAGCAGAUCCUGCGCCACCAUCAGCUACAACUCCUCUACCGAGUCGUCUUGACUGGCAUCAUUUGCAUCACUGGCGUUGCGGGCAAGUCGAUGCUGGACCAGAUCGUUAACGUCGUCCGAGAGGGUCAGACGAAGCGUGCGCCUAUGGAGCAGAUCGCGGAUGUGAUGACUACCUACUUCGUCCCCGUCAUCACUGUCAUCGCAAUCCUUACCUGGGUUAUCUGGAUGUCUCUUAGUCUCAGCAACAGGAUCCCCUCUGACUGGUUGGAUGUGAGCUCGGGAGGCUGGGUGGCAUGGUCGCUGCAGUUUGCUACCGCUGUUUUCGUCGUCGCCUGUCCAUGUGGCCUGGCCCUUGCAGCUCCUACCGCCAUCUUCGUUGGUGGCGGGCUUGCUGCGAAGCAUGGCAUCCUGGCGAAGGGAAGCGGCGAGGCAUUCGAGAAGGCGAGCAAGGUUGACUGCGUCAUUUUCGACAAGACGGGCACCCUCACGAUGGGAGGCGAGCCCAGCAUCACCGACUCUAAGAUGUAUCCCGAUAGCGACGAUGUUGAUGAAGCUCGCAAGUCCACCUUCCUGGCGGCCCUGAAGGCAAGCGCCAACAUCGACAGCCUUGAGGAGAUCCCCGGCGAAGGCAUGAAAGCGACCCACACCGGUUCCACCUCCGAGUCUUCCUUCGAGCUGAUUGUCGGCAACGAAGCCCUCAUGACCGACUUCUCCGUGCACAUCUCCCCCACCGUUGCCGCCCUCCUGCAGGAAUGGAAAACAGGAGCGAAAUCCAUCGCUCUGGCCGCGACUAAGCCCAUCUGCUCUUCUGCAGGAGUCCUCACGCCUACAUACACCCUCGCCGCGGCGCUUUCCAUCUCCGAUCCUGUUCGCCCCGAAGCACCCGCCAUCAUCCGCGCCCUGCACAGCCGCGGCACCGCUGUCUGGCUUCUAUCCGGCGACAAUCCGACGACAGCCGCCGCCGUCGCCCUUCAGCUGGGCAUCAACAUCGACAACGUCAUUGCCGGCGUGCUCCCCACUCAAAAAGCCGAGAAAUCACCUAUCUGCAGUCCACCUUAA